UCCAAUGAGACGCGCCGCUGGAAGGGGCGGUGCGCCACCUCGCAAAGCCACCGAGGGGACGGGGCUCUUAUUCGGGAUGGUUUGUCCCAGUGAUUGCCAGCUCGGUUCUCUUCCUCCGUCCGUGUCCUACUGUGCCCCGAAGAGAACCGGGAACCCGGACGCGGGCGUCACUAGGACCUCCUGGGCAAAGAGAUGGACUUGGUGACCUUUGAGGAUGUGACUGUGAACUUCACCCAGGAUGAAUGGGCUCUGCUGGAUUCUUCCCAGAAGAACCUUUACAGAGAGGUUGUUGGGGAAAUCUUUAUGAACUUGGCUUCUGUGGGAGAAAGAUGGGACCAGAAUAUUGAAGAGUGGUACAGAAAGCAGGGGAGAAUCUUAAGCAGCCAUGUUAUAGAGAGACUUGGUGACAGCAAACAAGACAGCCGUGGUGGAGAAUCCUUCAGCCAAAUUCUUGACCAUGAUCUGAAAAGGAAAAAUUCUGCUAGAGUAAACCUCUGUGAAUGUGGUGUGUGUGGAGUAGUCUUCAUGCCUCACUCAUCCAGGAGUUCCGUCAGUGCUCACACUAGACAGGAAGCACAUGAGUACAAAUGUAAGCAAAUUCACACGGGAGAGAAGCCUUAUCAGUGCGAACAGUGUGGAAAGGCCUUCAGCUGUGGGGGCUCAGUUCGAAGACAUCAAAGGACUCACACUGGGGAGAAGCCCUACAGCUGUAAGGAGUGUGGGAAGGUCUUCAGCUCUCCUUCAGGCCUUAAAGGGCACAUGAUAAGGCACACUGGAGAAAAGUCAUAUGAAUGUAAAGAAUGUGGGAAAACCUUCAACUUUCGAAGUUCAUUUCGAAUACAUGAAAGGACUCACACUGGAGAGAAACCCUACGAAUGUAAACAGUGUGGGAAAGCUUUCAGUUGGCCCAGUUCCUUCCAGAUACAUGAAAGAACGCACACUGGAGAGAAACCCUAUGAGUGUAAGGAGUGUGGCAAAGCCUUCAUUUACCAUACCACCUAUCGAGGACACAUGAGGAUGCACACAGGUGAAAAACCCUAUCAGUGUAAAGAAUGUGGGAAGACUUUCAGUCAUCCCAGUUCAUGUCGAAACCAUGAAAGAACUCACUCUGGAGAGAAACCCUACAAAUGUAAACAAUGUGAAAAAGCUUUCAGAUAUUACCAAACUUUUCAAAUACAUGAAAGGACCCACACUGGAGAAAAACCUUAUCAGUGUAAACAGUGCGGAAAAGCCCUCAGUUGUCCCACAUCUUUUCGAAGUCAUGAAAGGAUUCACACUGGAGAAAAACCAUAUAAAUGUAGAAAAUGUGGCAAAGCCUUUAGUUUUCCCAGUUCCUUUCGCAAACAUGAAAGAAUUCACACUGGAGAGAAACCUUAUGAUUGUAAGGAAUGUGGGAAAGCAUUCAUUUCUCUUCCAAGCUUUCGAAGACAUAUGAUAAUGCACACUGGAAAUGGGCCUUAUAAAUGUAAAGAGUGUGGGAAAGCCUUCGAUUGUCCCAGCUCAUUUCAAAUUCAUGAGCGAACACACACUGGAGAGAAACCCUAUGAAUGUAAGCAGUGUGGGAAAUCCUUCAGUUGCUCUAGUUCUUUUCGGAUGCAUGAAAGGACUCACACUGGUGAGAAACCCCAUGAAUGUAAACAGUGUGGGAAAGCCUUCAGCUGUUCCAGCUCUAUGCGAAUACAUGAAAGGACUCACACUGGAGAGAAGCCCUAUGAGUGUCAACAGUGUGGUAAGGCCUUUAGUUGUUCCAGUUCCUUUCGAAUGCAUGAGCGAAUUCAUACUGGAGAGAAACCCUAUGAAUGUAAGCAAUGUGGUAAGGCCUUUAGUUUUUCCAGUUCUUUUCGGAUGCAUGAAAGGACUCACACUGGAGAGAAGCCUUAUGAGUGUAAGCAGUGUGGGAAAGCCUUCAGCUGUUCCAGUUCUUUUAGAAUGCAUGAAAGAACUCACACUGGAGAGAAGCCUUAUGAAUGUAAGCAGUGUGGGAAAGCCUUCAGCUGUUCCAGCUCUGUGCGAAUACAUGAAAGAACACAUACUGGUGAAAAACCAUAUGAAUGUAAACAGUGUGGGAAAGCCUUCAGCUGUUCCAGCUCUGUGCGAAUACAUGAAAGGACUCACACUGGAGAGAAGCCCUAUGAGUGUCAACAGUGUAACAAGGCCUUCAGUUGCUCCCGUUCUUUUCGGAUCCAUGAAAGAACUCACACUGGAGAGAAACCUUAUGAAUGUCAACAGUGUGGGAAAGCAUUCAAGUGUUCUCGUUCCUUUAGAAUACAUGGAAGAACCCAUAAUGGACAAUGAUUCUUUAGAUGCAAAUCAUGCGAUAAAACCUCCAGUGUCCCAUUACCCUUUGAUGAUAUAAAAAGACUCUUGCUUAGCAAAACCUUGUGAAUAAAAUAAAAAUAUGGAAAACCUUUCAGUUCUCUACAUGUGAAUCCCAGGAAACAAUUCAGACUAAUAAAAAUCCCUGUGACUGUAGGUGAUGGGUCAGUGGUCAUGCAACUUAGUGAGGCCACAUAAAUACAGAGAAGAAAACACUGUACAUUAGCUAAUGUGUAAAAGCCUUCAGUUGCUCGUUGUCUGGAAAUCACAAGCUGUAGUACAGAGCAGCUUAAUGAGUGCAGGCAUUGUGGGAAAACCAUCGUAGUCUAUAGCUUCACAAACAUAUGAAGAGGCUCACUGUAUAGAAUGCUUACAAAAGUGAAAACUAAUGGUCAAUUUCCCAUUUUAUCCAGUGCUCACAUGAUACUCGCUUGUGAAACAGUGAGCUCUCGAAGAC